GCUAAUGACACCUAAAUUUUCCUAUAUUAAAAAGUAAAAAUAUUUUAAUAAAAGUCAAAUAUAUUUUUUGAAAAGAUAAAAAAAAAUGAGGGAUAUUGAAACUAACUUUACCUUAAAAAAAGGGAAAAAAAUAUUACAAGUAGUUACUAAUAAUUUUGUUAUUUUUUUUUUCUUUUCUUUUUUGGUUGGGAUAUUUACUCGGUUUUGUUGUACUACAAACAAACAAAGAUGAACGAAACCCUCUCUACUCUCCACUCAAUCUUUGAAUUUUGAGCCUUCAUUCUUUCUACUUCAACAAACUGAAAAUUGUUCACACUUCACAAUAUACUUUGGGUCAUUUUCAACUUGAGGAUUUUUUUGUUCCUACUAACGAAGUUGUUCGAACGACAUCAUUCAUGGCUGAUGAUGACAAAAUUUCGAAACUACCUGAUGCAUUGAUCACUCACAUCUUGUCGUUUCUCCCCACUGAAGAAGCCGUUCGAACAUGCAUUCUUUCAAAGCGUUGGAAAUUCAUUUGGUAUUCAGUCCCCACACUCUUAUUCUACAACACUAACGACGAUGAUCUUGAAAAGUUGUACAAUUAUGUCAAUAAAUAUUUGAAACAUCGCAAGACAGGUAUGAAAUUUAUAGCUGAUUCAGGCAUAACUAGUUUUGUGCUUCGUAUGACUGGAGAAUGUGAAAGAAGUAAGACUCACCUCAUAGAUAAAUGGUUAGCUUUCGCAGUUGAGAAAAAGAUCAAGAAAAUAGAACUUUCAAUCAAUUUAGAUCUUAUUCCCAUUGACUGGAAUAGUGCCUACUACUGCAUACCUAAAAUAUUAUUAGAAAAUGCAAGAUAUUUGACCAUUUUGGAUUUAAGCGGGAUAAUGUUGGAUUCUUCUUAUUCAUUUAGCUUUCCAUCUUUAAAAACCUUGUCACUAGAAAGUGUUUGGCAUUCAGAUAAUUCAGAUUCAGAAGGGGUAGUUAAAUUUUUGUUGGGUUGCCCUUCUCUUCAGAAAUUGCGGUUAUUUGAUCAUCAAUUUCUAAAUGAUGGUAAGUUUCGAUUACAAAGUUUAAGCCUCAAGUUCUUAGAACUUACAUGUUUAGACAAUCCUAAGUUAAAUGUUCAAGUUGAAGCCAUAAAUCUUGAGUCUUUGAUACUAUAUGGUGUUGCUUUGAACAAAAUAAAUAUCUCUUGCAAAAAACUUAGAAAUCUCUCCAUAGAAGAUUGUGCGGAAGAUAAGCAAUCAUCAUUACAAGUUCUUAUCUCUAAUAAUCCUCUUCUUGAGAAUUUAACUUUAAGGCGCUGCCAUAUAUAUAAUUCAAAGCAUUUUAAUAUCUCGAGCCAACACUUGAAAAGUUUCGAGUUUGAGCAACGUUGGUAUGAUGAAGACGAAGACGAAGAUAAUGAUGAAGAUGAAAUGAUUAUCAGUGAUGUUACAAUUGAAUCAGCUCCAAAUUUAGCGUCUUUUUCUUACGAUGGUGUUACCGAUUUUGAUAUAUCAAUCGAGUCAUCUAAUUUGUUGAAUGGAAAAUUCCAUAUUUUUGAGGAUCAAGAGCUUGAUUGUGACACAAGGUCUACCAAUAUGAUCAAUUUCUUUUCAAAUAUUAAUUGCUCUUGGAAUAUUAUAAGCCUACAAGUUCACACAGAUAAGGCUCUCAUCUUGUCGGAAAAGUUGAAGAACAUGAACGAUUCUCCCUUGUUUAAGUGGAAGCAUCUCAAACUAGUUAUUACUGAAUAUGAUCCUGAAAGAUUGUCAGAGUUGAAGGAUUCAUUAUCAUGGAUUUCACCUUCUUUAGAAACAUUAUCUAUUAAUGGAGAUGUGAUAUUUUAGUUUUGCUUAAUAACAUUGGAACUACUGAUUAGAGUAGGGAUGACUAUUUUUUGUCUCUUUUCUUUUUUGCUGACACUUUUUGAGGUUAUUUGCUUUAGUAGUUUUGCAAUGAUGAAUAUUUGCUUUUUUGCGCUAAUGAAAUUGAUUUUUUUAUGCUCAAACUUGAGAUUACAUUAGCUGCACUUACUACAGAAUAACUAAAGUUCAUUUCCAUGUCAUAUUCCAUAAAUUUAUAUAGAUAAA